AUGGGCUGCGGGCUGGCCGGCUCCUCCAAGGUGUCAGCUUCGGGCAGCUGGGAGACGUGCGCCUGCGGCGUGGACUUCGCCGCCGGGGCCAGCUUCUGCGACGAGUGCGGCAGGCUGCGGCCCCCCAGGGCGCACGGCGGCGGCCAGGACCCGCACGGCGCCUGGGCCCCCAGGAAGGGCGGCGCGCCCGCCGCGGCUCCAGCGGUCAGCGAGGCAGCGGCCGCUGCAGGGCCACCCGCGCCGGCGGCCGGCAGCACCGCGGCGCCCGCCAGCGCGAGCGCGGGCGAGGCGAAGGAGGACGUGGAAGACGACGACGACGACGAAGACGACCUGGAGGCGCGGCUGGGAGAGAACCUCGAGACGCAGCAGGCAGAGACGCUGGUGGCGCUGCAGCAGCUGGACUCCCAGACCAGAAUACCGCACCUCCUGGUCGAGCUGCGCAGCUCGGGCUACGUGCAGGUCAACGGCAAGAACUUCGGCGGCAUCUUCCACCAGCUGGCCGGCUUCCUGCAGGAGAUGGGCUGCGAGCGCAUGGAGUCUUCUUGGCGCAGGGCCGCCGCCGCGUCCAGCGACGCCCGGUUCACGAGCCUGAGGAAGGGCGGCGACCAGAAGACCAAGGGAGCUACCGGCAUCUUCCUGUCCAAGGCCUCCACGGGGGAGAACAACAUGGCCCUCCUCUCGGUGGCCGUGGCGGAGUUCCUCACGGAGAAGUGCGGCUGGAGCCUGCAGCUCGCGGACAGCGGCAGCGCCGGGGCCGUGUGCCACAUCCGGGAGCAGCGGCUGCUGUUCCGGAAGGCCACGUACGCCCAGAGCCACAUCGUUGCCGCGCCGCACGUCAUGGUCGAGCUGCACGAGGCCGGGUGGGUGCAGGUCAACGGCGCCCAUUUCGCCGAGCUGGAGGCGUGGUUGGCGAGGUCGUGGCGCGCCAAGAGGCUGGACGUCGACCCGCGCGUCAGCGAGCACCGCUACAGCUGCAGCGGGUUCAGGCGGCAGGGGCCGGACACCAACCUGGCGGCGCGCGCCGCGGAGCUCAUCAACGUGAUGGGUAAGUUUGCGUGGACGCUGGUGUCCUGCCAGGCCGGGAACGUGGGGCCGAAGGGCGCGCAGCGCGAGCAGCGGCUCCUCUUCCGGGAGGGCGCGCAGACCCAGCUGCGAUACACCGCCAUGCCCGGCGUGGCUCGGCUGGUCGAGCGCGGUGCGCAGGACACCGUCAUCGUGGAGUUGAGGGACGAGGGCUCCGCGUGCGUGAGCGGCCUUCCGGACGGCGACGAGGUGUUGGGAGUCGGGCUGGACAACUUCAUGAAGGACGGGUGGGGCUGUCGGCCGCACUAUGCGUCCUUCUGGGGGGGCUCCAAGGCCUUGUGCGACCUCCAGUACGACACCCCGGAUGGCUUCUACGAGAGGCGGGGGCUGCUCAGCAACCUGGGCCAACGGACCAUGGAGCUCGCGGAGUACAUGGCCUCUCAGGGUUGGGUGUUGGCGACCUGCUCGCCAGGGCACACGCCCGACGCGAAGCCAGGCGCGUACGUCAAGCGGGAGCAGCAGGUCGCGUUCACCAGAGCUCGCAUGGAGGAUGCCGCGGCACCCCUCUUCAUGAUAACCUUGCGGACGCUGCCCACCAAGUUCGGCACCUACCGCGGCUUCAUAGAGCUGAUCGGGGACGACACCAACGGGGUCUACCAGCGGCUGCUGCCGUUCAUGAAGAGGGCCAUGCUGGCGGAGGUGAUGGGCCCCCAGUCGUGGUGCGAGCUCCUCUUGAGCUGCGACUGCCUCCGGCUCCACGACGACGAUGCGGCCCAGGACAGGCAGGACCACAUCAAGAACGGCCGCCUCUGUGGCGAGAGCAACCUCGGGAGGUACGCCGUGAGGCUGUGCGACCUCAUGGUCGACCACAUCGGCGAAUGGGACCUCGUCGUGUCCAGCGGCAGCGGCGUGACCAAGAUCUUCGACCUGGAGCACGAGCUGGACGAGGAGGACGACGAGGAGGGCCCCGAUCCGACGCGCGGGACGCAGGAGACCUGGAGCGGGCCUGCUUCGCCCGGGAGCACCAGCUCAUCUUCCGGCACCGCCCGCCGCAGGGGCAGGCCCUGGCCCUGGCGGGACCCCCCGCCCCGCUGGCGUCCCCGCUGGUGCCCGCCCCGCCGGCGGUGGCCGUCAGGUAGCAGGCGGGGGCCGCCGCCGGGCGCUGCCGCCGCCAGCGCUGCCUGCAGCUCGCGGCUCGCGGGCGGUGCGGCGGCAGCAACGCAGCGGUCCGCCGCGGGCAGCGGCGGCGGCUCGGCGGCCUGGCCCCCGAGUCUGAGCGGAGCGUGCGGCUGUGGCCCUCCCCCCUGGAGCUGCUGCCCCGAAUGGGACCAUGAUGACGGUGAUGACGAUGACGGUGAUG